AUGGCGAGGGACGAUCUCACGACCCGGCAAUGGCUCGAUGCCCUCGCGGAGCCGGCCCAGAUCCUGACAUGGGCCAUGUCUUACUACAUCGAGGCCAACAUCAAAGCAAUCCUCAGCGGCCGCCUCCUAGCACCCCUCCUAAACGCCCACCAACUCCGCGACGAAGCCUUCGGCAAGUUCUGGGUUGCAUUCAGCUCAAACCGCGAAGAGCCACCACCGAGUGAACAACUCUCGCCCGAGGAGUCCGCAUCAACAGGCUCAAUCUCAGCCCCCAAGGCAGAAGAAGAAAAGCCUCAAGAGAAAGCAGUCGUGUCCUCAGACCUAAUCCCCCCCAUCAUCUCACAAGCCACAGGCGUCGUGCUCGACGUCGGCCCCGGCACAGGAACGCAGAUGCCCCUCCUCGCGCAGAUCCCGGCGUCCAACAUCAAGGCCUUCUACGGCGCGGAACCGUGUCUCGGUCUGCAUGCUGAACUGCGCCGCCGCGCCGCGGCACAUGGGCUUGCCGAGACGUACAAGGUCCUGCCGUGUAGCGUUGAGCAGAGCAGUUUGGAGCCGGAGCUUGAAAAGGCGGGGCUCCUUGCAUCCCCGGACGUAAACGGCGCGGUUGGAAAACGUGAGGAUGGCGUGUUCGACAGCAUCAUCACAAUCCGUGUCUUGUGCUCCGUGCCGGACCCGCAGAAGACGAUUGCUUAUCUCUACUCGCUGCUUAAACCCGGGGGGAAAUUGCUCCUUGUCGAGCACGUUGUUAAUCCGUGGACGACGCGCAAGGGGUCCCUUGUUGCGAGGGUUCUGCAGGGUGUGUACCACCUUUUUGGGUGGCGGUGGGUUAUGGGGGAUUGUUGUCUUAAUCGGGACACGGAGGGGAUGGUUAGAGCGGUUGCGGAAGUGGAUGGUGGGUGGGAGAGUGUUGAGGUGGAUAGGUGGUUUGAGAAGACUCCUAUGGUUUAUGUUGCGGGGGUUUUUGUUAAGAGGGGGUAG